AUGUAUCUUUUCUUUCUUAAACUUUCUUUUCAAUUUCUUUCUUCGACUUCCUCCUUCCCAACACCCUUUUUUUUUUUUUCUCUCUCUCUCUCCUCCCUGUCGGAUGAUAUACAUUCUUCCCACUUCAUCAUGGAGGAACUCCGUUGUGUGAAGAAAGAAUGUGAAUCUUUGAAACAGAGGUAUGAAGAGGAGCUCCAUGAGGGAAGCAGUUCAACUUCUGUUCGCAUCUCUAAUCCUGCCCAAGAAAUUUUGAAUAUAAAAGACAAAGUGAUUGAAGUUGAAAGAGAUAAUGCGACUUUGAUUGCUGAGAACAAAAACUUACAAGGUCAGUUGCAGAUUGCAAAUGACCAGCUCGAAAAAUCAACUGAGGAUAACCAAAAGCGUCACCUUCAACUUAAUACCUUACAUGAACAAAACAACUCCCUCCACUCGCAACAAGCCAAAUUUCAAGUGGAAAACAAAACCCUGCAGACUCAGUGCAGUUCAUUACUAACUCAAAACUCAAACCUUCAGGCUCAGCUGAACAACUUAGAAAUAGAGAACGAGCGACAACUGCAAAAGAUUGACGAACUGCAAAGUCGUUUUGACGGUCUUGUCUCUGAUCACGAGACCUUGCAGAAGUUACAUGACGAUCUGACAACAGAGUACGAGUCCCUUCUCUUAGAACACGGCUCCCAGAAAUCAAUCCAUAAGUUGACACGCAACGAGAUGAAGGACCUACAAGACCAAUUGUCUAUUUUGCUUCGCGAUAAGAAUGAUGUGAACAAACUGCAAGAGAUGCUGGAGAAAGAAAGAGAGCAGUUGAAAGUGGAGUCCAAGUCUCUCAGCAAUUUGCAGAUGGAAUAUAACCAGCUGAGGAACAAAUUUGAUAGCCUGCAGUCUGCCCAUAGCCGUCUGGAAAAAGAACAUCAUGAACUGCUGACGGACUACAAACGUGUGAAGUCUGAGUACAAUGAAUUGCAACUGCGGUUCACAGAACUGCAAGGGGAGGCUACUGAAAACAGAGAACAGCUGAAUAGUGCAGACCUUGAGAUGACCAAACUUGCCACCCGGUGUGAGGCUAUUGAUCAGAUGAACCAGAAGAUGGAGGAGGAAAACAACCAGUUGCUUUAUCAAAUGAAAACUUUGAUAAAUCAAAACCAAGAACUUCUUACUGAAGCCUUAAAUAGCAAGGACCAACAUGCAGAGACUACCAAAGCCUAUCAGGAGAAAUAUGCUGAGUUAAGAAGACAGAAAGAACGACUUGAAGAGAAAAUAAUGGAACAUUAUAAAAUGCUCACUUUAUUUAAAAUACAUCAAUUGUAUCUUAAAAUACAUUACCUCUUUUUUUUCGUUUAUUCUCUUUUUUUUGUUUAUUCUCUUUUUUUUUUUGUUUAUUCUCUUUUUUUUCGUUUAUUCUCUUUUUUUUCGUUUAUUCUCUUUUUUUUCGUUUAUUCUCUUUUUCUCUCUCUCUCUCUUUUUUUCUCUCUCUCUCUCUUUUUCUCUUUUCUCCUCUUUUCUUCUCUCUCUCUUUUUCUCUCUUUUUUCUUUUUUUCUCUCUCUCUCCUUUUUUUUCUCUCUCUUUUUCUCUCUUUCUCUCUUUUCUAUCUUUCUCUCUCUCUCUCUCUCUCUCUCUCUUCUCUCUCUCUCUCUUCUCUCUCUCUCUCUUCUCUCUCUCUCUCUCUCUCUCUCUCUCUCUUUCUCUCUCUUUCUUCUCUCUCUCUUCUCUCUCUCUCUUUCUCUCUCUCUCUCUUUCUCUCUCUCUCUUCUCUCUCUCUCUCUUCUCUCUCUCUCUCUCUUUUUCUCUCUCUCCCUCUCUCUCUUUAUUCUCUUUUUUUCUUCUCUCUCUCUCUACUCUUUUUCUCUUCAUUUAUUUUUUUCUCUUCUCAUUCUUCUUUCUCUAUUUCAUUUUUCAUGUAUUUGUUUUCAUUUAUUCUUUUUCCUUUCCUUUUUCCAGUCACUAUUCGAAGAAGUUUAGGUGCCACACUUGUAAGAAAAGCAAGAGGUAUUAUCACAAGGGUACAUCGGACAAAAAGUAAAACUAACCUGACUAAUUCUGAAAGUCCUGAUAACUCUUCAGUUGGUUCUGGUUCCUAUGGAGAUGGCACAGAUGCUGAGAGCAACAGUGGCCGAAGAAUCACCAAACAGCGAUAUAGAAAAUCGAUGUCUAUAGACGAGAGUCAUGCACCCUGUCUGUCCAAUCAGAAUAAAAGCCUUGCCAAGUCCACAACAGCUCUCUUGUUCAACAGAUCCAACAACAUUAACUUGAGAGGUAACAGUCUUUCCAUAUUCUAUACUGUUUUCUCUCAUAUCUUUAGGGAAGUUGUCUUUGUAGGAUCUAUACACAAAGCUUUCUUCUCUUUACAUGGCCCAAUCAGAUUAGCUUCCUUCUUCUUGAGCGCCAGAUCCAGUGAGGACCUUUUGAACUGUGAACCUAUCUGUAAGGACAAUGCCUGCCAUUUGGGAGGAAGAAUCCAUGACUAUGAUGAUGGCUUCAGAGGUUCAUCUUCAAACAUUGCUGGUAGGAUCUCUCCUGGCAGUGAGCUACUCACAUUGGAGCAGUUUUUGCGCGAGUCCAGUAGUCCUUCACCGCCAACUUUGAGAAAGAAAUCAACAGACAAGAAAAUAAAUGAGAUGACAUUUUCUUCCCAAAAUGAACAGAUGAAAAGAAACAAAACUCCUGAUGGCUGCACAGGUCCAAGGCCAGUAAAUAUGGUUGCUGGUCAAGACCACCUCCACCCUGGGUACAAUCAGAACAAUAGAACUCAUUCCAACUCUCCACAACAUCCAGUGCGAGCUGAGGCUCCUUCAAAUCCCAACAUGAACAAUUACCAAGAAUUAAAUUUAUCAAAAGUCUCUCGAAUCUCAUCUGGAAGUGGAGACAGUACAACGGAUGGCAAAACUGAUGGCUCUGAAUCUCACUACUCGUCCGUCCCGCCAUCGGCCUAUCGUGAAAAUAUGCUAAAGACGUCAACCCCAAAGACACGAUUGCCCUACCAUCAAGAGAACACCUACUCGAGGGAACACCAUUGUCAAGGGGAUAAUCUCUAUCCUGAGCGCUCCUCUUCUCGGAAUUCUACAUCUCAUGAGCCGUCUUACAUGCUACUUAGGUCAGCCAAAUCCAAUAGCCGACCAGCAGCAUCUACUGAUGUGUCUGGCCGGUUAUCCACUGUCAGUUCUGACCAGUCCUCCUAUGUUUCUGCCUCCCAUGAAAAGUCUUUCGCUAGUGACAGUUGGCAUAAUCACCAAGACAAGUCACAAAUGCACCAUAGUCAAUCUGGCUCAAUUGAGCGACCCUCAUCUAUGCAUUUUAACAAUCAGUAUCCCCAGGGGUCGGCAUCUCGACCAAUGGGAUCAGCUUCCCCUUUUCCCCAAAAGUCUCGAGACACUUGUUCACCCAGCCUCUAUAGAACAGACCCUAAUCUUUCCAAAAGUGAACUAUCCCUUAGCAAAACCAACUCUCGUUCCCCAGAUAAUUCUGUAACUGGAAACCAGAACUUUUCUGACUAUCACUUGACGCACGUUGACAAGCCCAUGUCUGCUAGCAGCAUUUUAGAAAUCCGUGAUACUGAUGACAAUUACCCUUACCGACCACACCCAAAGGGACCACCCCCUGUUCCACCACCUAAACCCCUCAGUAGAGACCCCAAUAGUUACAUACCGAAUACCAGCCUUGCAGCCUCUAACAGCAACAGCACAUCCCCUCAGGAUGCUCACCGGAUGCUCCCCACAUCCUCCUCCACAUCUUCAAUGUUACAAUCUCAGAGUGGACAUUCUCGAAACUCCCAGAGCUUACCCCCCAGCCACACAAACACCGGGAUGAAGAAUGCUCCAACGGCCAGAAUUUCACCCCAGACCAAGACGUCCAUGAAACCGCAGACAGCCGCUAAGCCUGUUAGCAGCAGCAGCAAUAACAGCAGUGCCAGUAACAACAAGACCAAUGAUGAGCCUAAGGACUCAAAAACCAAUUCUGUGUGGUACGAGUAUGGUUGUGUAUAG